UCAAGAAACCUGUUUUCUGCUGCGCAACACAACCCAGAGGCUCGCUUUUACACGCUAUUUCUCGCCACAAUGUCGAUGACAGUGAAAGCGUAUGUUAUCGGUAAGGACGACUGCCACAAGGAGAUCCGCCGCUUUGGCGUGGAUCAGGAUGUCUCGACAAGUUUUGAGUAUUUGAAGCUGAAAGUGCUCGAUGUUUUUCUCGGUCUCAGGACUGUGCCCUUUCAAAUGUACUACAAAGAUGAGGAUGGUGACUUGAUUGCUUUCUCCUCUGAUGAUGAGCUAAUGAUGGGCUUGGCUGUUGUGAAGGAGGGCACCUUCCGUCUCUACAUCAAGCAAAAAAAGGAGCACAAACCUGAUUCCUCACCUCACGGGAGCUUUGGGUUCUCAUUCAGCCUGCCUCAUGGAGUCCCCCACUUUAGCCCCCCAGGUCCUAAUCCUAUGGGUCCACCUCAUAUGGGGCCUCCCCAUCAUCACCCCCCUCCUCCUCAUCAUCACCCCCCUCCUCCUCAUUUCCCUCCGAUGCUGCACACAGGGGUGACCUGUGAUGGGUGCGAUGGGCCGGUGGCUGGAACACGUUUCAAGUGCACCGUUUGCCCCAACUAUAACUUGUGCUCCUCCUGCCAGAGCACAGGCCUCCACAAGGAGCACGCUCUCCUGCCCAUCUUUCACCCAAUCCCCAACAUGUCUGAGUGGUUCCCUCAUGGGAAGUUUUGGCAUAAGACGAGACCCUGCAUGUGGGCAAAUAACCAUGCUCAGGCUCAUGCUUAUGCUCAGGCCUCAAACCAGGCUCAGCCAGGUCCAUCUGGAGCCCAGCAAAACGAGGAUGCUUCUGAAAACAUGGAAGAGAACGGUGAGAUGCCACCAGUCAAAGGGUCUAAUAUAAAACGCAUACUGUGUCCGAAAGCUGAAAAAUGCUGCUUUAGCAGGCAGCAGAAGGAGGUAGGAGUGCAACAGGUCAUGUGUGAAUCCUGUAAUUGUGUCACAUCCUGUCUGCUGAGAUACAGUUGAACUAAAAAAUAAAAAGGUGUGCUACCUUUGUGCACCAACAAGUCAGCUGCCUUAGCUUUCGGAUGCAGCCAGUGGCCCAUUUAUAGACCACUUGGGCAGGAAAAUCUGUUUGGACGACUUAUGUAUAAAAUUUGUUACAAUGCUGUAGACCAACAUUUCCCUGA